CUUUUCUCCUCACUUUGCUCACCUCCCUUUUGCCUUGCCCUUCUCCUCCAAGAAGCAGAGAACACCACGUCUUCAACUUCUCUGGACCGGCUGCUGCAGUAAAGUCUUUUCAGGGGGAUUCCUCCUGUUUUACGGCCGUCUCCUUUCUCUCCUUCUCUCUAUCGCUCUCUCUUUCUCUCUCUCUCUCCUAUCUUGGUCGUUUCCUGCUCUGCUAGUCGUCAGUCCACCAGUGCCGUCUGCUUUCCUCGGGUCUCAGUCGAUAUCUCCGUCUUCCGUCUCCAUCAUCAUAUCUCUAGCUGCUUCCGCUGCUCGUCUCUCUUGGUCGACAUCACCUCCGAAUCCUCUUCGAGCGUCGGGAUUCUUCGUCUUCCGUUUCUCGCAUCUCCUGUCAGCUUCAGCUUAUCAUCGUGUGCGAACAUUUCCUUUCGUCGACUGAGCUCUUUCCGCUGCUUGUCUAGCUUUGCGCAGCCGCCGCUUGGUAUCGCAACACAGCCAGUAGCACGACACACACCCCCCCUCUUGUGUCUCUCCAGAGCUUGCUUGGUUGUGGAAUUUGCUCAAGACAAAAGGCCGCCCCGACCAGAAGAAGACCAAGGCUAGAUUAUUGGUCUCCACAGACCCAAAGGGAUAUAAUUUUCCAGAAAUCUUCGAGGUUAUACAGGAGAAAGUACUUUCUUCUGUAGCUCUGCCCCACGUUCUCGUUCGUGCGUCGUGGAUUACUUUGGUUUAGUCCAGGGCUUGCUUUACGCAAAUCCUGCCUCUUCAAGCUGUCACACAUCUCCCCGAAGACCUCUGUCACCCAGCUGAUCAAGAUGGCCGAGCCUGGUCCUCCUGGAGCUCAGUUGCCUCCUCCCCCCCAGCCCAACGCUGGGGCUCCCGGCUAUGAGAAUGGCCAGAACGGUGGCUCUGGGAGCCAUAUGCCACCACCGCCCCUGCAUAUCCCGCCCAACACGAACCCAAUCCCGACCGCGAUCACGUCGCCCAUGACUGGAAACACCAUCACGUCUCCGGGCAGUGCCAACCCCUUUGUCCGGCGUGCCGCCCCCGAGCCCAAUAAGAGGGCUCUCUAUGUUGGCGGACUAGACCCUCGCGUGACUGAGGAUGUUCUCCGGCAGAUAUUCGAGACUACCGGUCACGUUCAGAACGUGAAGAUCAUCCCCGACAAGAAUAACAAGGGCUUCAACUACGGUUUCGUCGAGUACGAUGACCCUGGUGCGGCUGAGCGUGCCAUGCAGACCCUCAACGGUCGUCGUGUACAUCAAAUGGAAAUUCGUGUCAACUGGGCCUACCAGUCGAACACGGCCAACAAGGAAGAUACCUCGAACCACUUCCACAUUUUCGUUGGCGAUUUGUCAAACGAGGUCAACGACGAAGUCCUCCUUCAAGCCUUCUCUGCGUUCGGCUCCGUAUCCGAAGCCCGGGUCAUGUGGGAUAUGAAAACCGGACGAUCCCGUGGCUAUGGUUUCGUGGCGUUCCGGGACCGUGGGGAGGCGGAGAAGGCACUCAGCUCUAUGGACGGCGAGUGGCUCGGCUCUCGUGCGAUCCGCUGCAACUGGGCGAACCAGAAGGGCCAGCCGUCCAUCGCACAGCAGCAGGCAAUGCAGUCGAUGGGCAUGACGCCAACGACUCCUUACGGCCACCACCACUUCCCUACCCACGGAGUACACAGCUACGAUAUGAUUGUGAACCAGACGCCGGCGUGGCAGACGACCUGCUAUGUUGGCAAUCUGACCCCCUACACCACUCAGAAUGACCUUGUACCCCUCUUCUCUAACUUCGGGUACGUGGUUGAGUCGAGGUUCCAGGCUGAUCGCGGGUUCGCGUUCAUCAAGAUGGAUUCACACGAGAAUGCCGCGAUGGCCAUCUGCCAGCUGAACGGAUACAACGUCAAUGGCAGACCUCUGAAGUGCAGUUGGGGCAAGGACAAAACUCCUAGCAACCCCCCUGGUGGUUUCGACCCCAACCAGGCCUACAGCCCUCAGAGUGCUCAGGCUUCCGCAUUCCCCGGCACUCCCAACACCUACUUCCCUCAGUAUGCUGGAGCGCAAUACGGACAGCAAGGCAACUACGGUGGUCCGGCCGCCCAGUCUCCUGCGGGUUAUGGACCUCAGAUGGGCUUCAGCGGACCACCCAGCGCCGGCGGCUACGGUCGAGGCCAGCAACUCCCCAAUGCCCAGUGGGCGCCACCUCAGGGGCCUAAUGCUGCGUAUGGCGGCUACCAGGGCUAAACUUUUGGCAGGCAAAGCGAAGCAAGUACCACAACGUCGCGGAUCUGUUAUUCUCUGCACCCCGAUCUCAUCUGCCAACUAGACAAGAGUGACAGGGAGGACGCAGAUCCUCACACUCCGAGGCCCUAGAGACGGUGUGGAUGCAUUGCUUCACCCGUCGACCCUUUCCUGCUACAACACAGUUACAACUUCAAUUUCAAGUCUAUUGACGCUUCUCUACUCUUCCAACUACCCCCUUUUUGUGGGAUUUUGCAAGCAUUUUAAGAGCGUGGGAAUGAUAAAACACUUUUGAUGGCAUCGACGCUGGGCAGUCGCGAUGUCUUGACGUUACCAGUGAAUGUCAGGUAUCUUGUUCUCAUGUACCUUACGUCCAGGUUUCGCGUUCUUAUUCGGAUCAUUGUUCACGGUUAAUCUGUUCCGCGCCGUUGGGUGGGGCUUUUCUGAAAGCCCGCUGUCACAGAAAAUACCAGGUUGUGUGUGUGCGUGUUUGUGUGUGCUUUCUGUGCACUGGAUACCACCUUCGUCUUCACGCUUCUGGGAGUGUUUCCGGGUCCUACAGGGAGAAAACUCUCUUUCUUUUUCGAUUUUGAUGCGCAAACGAGAUUUACUUUGGUAGCUUGCAUGUGGAGGAGGGAGAUGUUAUACUUUGGGAUGACCUUACGAAUUUCUCUACCUCUCGUUUUGAUGGCAAAUUCACACGUCUUUCCUGCCCACUGCAACUGAUGCUGAUGGCAUUCAUAUGCGAAGCUGUGCCAAUUAGUAAGGGCUUUUCUUUGGCGCGCGGACACACUAGAGGUUGUGUGCAUCAAGCUGUUCCAGACGAGCGAGGGAGCGGCAGGCCAGGUAUGCCGUGUAGCUGAGCGAGAGGCAUUGAGUGCUGAGCAGUUAGAAUGUGAUACGAACUACAAGGUGGCAUCGGUGCAUCCGGUGCGAUGUCGUCGCCGGCGCCGUCACUCGCAUCGUAGACAAUCAAUGGUUCCGAAACCUGGCUGACAAGGCGUGAGACGGCUUGUGGACGACCCUUUAUGUCUCCCGACCGGCCGCAACAAACAGCAGACUCGAAUGACUCGGGACAGACGGACGGCGACGACAAU